UCGGAAGAAAAACGGUUUUAGGUGAUCCAAGUUGGGCACAAAUCAAUCAAAAGGCCACCCCACCUUUUAGAGUGACCCAACUUCGGCUUGAGGCCCUAUAUCGUUUAGCCGAUCUUGAGUCGGAAUUGCUACCAUUUCUAUCUUAAUUUUUUCAACGGAAACAAAUUUCUUCUACCUACCACUAUAUGCUGGAUGGGGAUGAGGGAUAUGAUCGAUCGGUAACUGUAAGUCAUUUUCUUAAGAAUUCUUGAAUUUUCAUUUCAGUGUUUCUUUUGAUUUAGGAGAUGAAUCCAAAUGUGAAUGGAUUCUUCCCCGAAGAAGUAGUUCUCCGGAUUCUUGCGCGAUUGCCCGUAAAGUCACUCCUCAGAACGAAAUGCGUUUGCAAACUCUGGCAUAAAUUAAUAUGUGAGAAGUACUUCACUCGGAUCUACAACCAAGUAUCUGUUAAAAAUCCCAUGGUUUUGUUUGAGGUGAAUGAGUCUUGUUCAGAAUCAAAAUCAAGCUUAAUCUGCGUUGAUAAUUUGAGAGGUGUUUCUGAAAUUUCCCUAGAUUUUAUAAAAGAUAGAGUCAAAGUUAGGGCUUCUUGCAAUGGGCUAUUGUGUUGUUCCAGCAUACCCGAUAAAGGGGUUUAUUAUGUUUGCAACCCAAUGACUAGAGAGUACAAAUUGUUACCUAGAAGUAGAGAAAGGCAUAUGAGUAGGUUUUAUCCGGAUGGUGAGGCAAUGCUUGUUGGGUUGGCAUGUAAUUUGUUAACACAACAGUAUAAUGUUGUGUUGGCUGGGAAUCAUAGGGCAUUUGCGCACAGGGCUGAAAGGACUUUCAUAUGUUUGAUUUAUGAUUCAGUAUCUGGUAGGUGGAAGAAAUUUGUGUCAGUUCAAGAUUAUCAAUUUACGCAUAUGAAUAAGAAUCAGGUUGUUUUUGUAAAUGAGGCAUUGCACUGGUUAACAGAAACUACUCCUUGUUUGCUUGUACUUGAGUUGAAGAAGGGAAAUGGGAUGUGGAAGAAAAUUCAGUUGCCCAAUGAAGUAAGUUGUGGGGCUGGAAAACGGAUUUAUUUGUUGGAAUUGGAUGGGUGCUUGUCUCUUAUUCAGAUUUCAGAGGCUUGGAUGGUUGUUUGGGUGAUGAAAAAUUAUGGAACAGAGGAAUGGCAUAUAGUGGAUAGAGUGAGUCUUCGCUGCAUUAGAGGGAUGGUACCGGGUGUGUUCCCAAUAAGCCAGACUGGGGAGUAUAUUUUUCUUGCCACACACAAACAGAUUUUGGUGUAUCAGAGGAACACCAAAGAGUGGAAGGAGAUGUAUUCGGCCAGGAACACCUCAAAUCUGCCACUAUGGUUCUAUGCACAUUCAUUUCGGAACACACUUUUUUCAUGUCAUUGAUUCAUGUGUUAAUCUUUCUUGUAAACUGUGUUCUAUUUUGAUACAGCUCUUUCUAUUUCUCUUUUCUUGUCAUUUGUAUGGGAGUAUUACCAAUUUGCUUAUGUAAUGGGUGUUAGUGAUUUACAUGUUAAUAAUAGAGAAAUAUUUAUCAUUUUAGCAUUCAGCAUAUAUCUUAAGAGUUAUUUUACACGUUAAUAAUAGAGCUAAGAUUUUAU